UCAAACUCUCUAUGAACGCUUUGUCGCGUCGCGAGGAAGACAAUCUCCUGAAGGUCACGAAAGAACGGGCAGUGCAAGAGUGUCAUGAAGUUGUAAAGGGUUCGACAGACUCGGACUAUGUCUUCUGUGUCUGAACGCGCCAUAGCCUUCGCAGACUGUAUCACAGGUCGCACAAUAUCAGUCGCGUGGGCUUGCAGAGGCCAGCUGCGCACGAUGCAGGACUGCAUGAUUCUCUACACUGGACCCGAACCAUAUGAACGAGUGCGCACAGAAUAUCUGCGACUUCGCACUGAGCAAAAAGCCGCGAAACUACGAGAGUCGGAAGCAAAAUCGGUAGCCGCAUAA